CGGUCCCUUACCGCCAUGCAGUUCGCCCGGGAGCCAGGGUGGUCACAGUGGUCGACCUCCUUCUUCUUCCACUUGCCUCAUCCUGACUCUGCCCUUUCGCUCCCGACCUCGUCUGCCAAGUUACACACACCAUCACCAAAAUGGCCUACACGCGUCAACAGUGGCUCACCCUCAUCGUCUUCGCCAUCGCCGACUUCUGCAGUGCCGUCUGCGUUUCCCUUCAGGCGCCCUUCUACCCCAUGAUGGCCGAGUCCAAGGGAGCGACCCCGACUCAGUACGGGUUCGUGUUCGGAAUCUUCGAGCUGACGGUGUUCAUCGUUAGUCCCAUCUACGGCAACUACCUCUACAAGAUUGGCCCUAAGUUCAUGUUCAACGCCGGCAUAUUCACCACCGCAUCUACCUGCAUCCUCUUCGGUUUCCUAGACCGCAUCAACGACUGCAAUGCUUUCAUCGGCCUGUCCUUCGCCAUCCGCAUCGUUGAAGCGAUGGGCAACUCCGGCUUCCUCACCGCCUCCUUCAGCAUCAUCGCGAAGGAAUUCCCGGAGAACGUGGGCGCCACCUUCGCCUGCCUGGAGACCUGCUUCGGGCUGGGCAUGAUCGUGGGCCCCACUCUGGGCGGCGCGCUGUUCGAGCUCGGAGGCUACACGCUUCCCUUCGUCUCCCUGGGAUGUCUGCUGCUGGCAGCCGCUUCGCUCACCUACUGCAUCCUGCCCUCGUACACCAACGAAAGCAAAGGUGGGGAGGAGGAGAAAAGCGGCAGCAUGCUCCAGCUCAUCAAGAUCCCCGCCAUUGCUCUUGCCGCCUACGCCAUCAUGGCCUCCUCCAUCAGCAUCGGCUUCCUGCAGGCCACACUGGAGCCCCACCUGCGCCCCCUCCAGAUGUCUCCCUUCCAGCUGGGUCUCAUGUUUGUGCUGAACGGCGCCACCUACGGCCUCUUCGCUCCCGUGUGGGGCUUCCUGUGUGACAAGCUCAUCAACCCGCGUAUCGUGGUGAUCUUCGGGGCCUUCGUGGUAAUAACCUCCUUCACGCUGAUUGGCCCGGCGCCCUUCCUUCCCAUUCCCACCACGCUACCCGUCUGCAUCGUGGCGCUCGUGCUGCACGGCACCGGGUUUGGCGCUGAGCUGGUGGCCACGUUCACUAGCGCUCACCGCGACGCCGUGCUCAACGGCUUCCCCGACGACAUCCAGACCUACGGCCUUGUGUCCGGCAUGUGGACCUCCACCUUCGCCCUCGGCGCCUUCAUCGGACCCUCCGCUGCCGGCGCACUCUUCGACCUGGUGGGCUUCAGCUGGGCCACGGUGUUCGUGACCGUGCUGCACUUGCUGGUGGCCGUUUUCUUCAUCCUCAACAUGUGCUGCACGGCGCGACGUCGGCCCAGCACCGGCAUCUACACCAAGAUUCACCACAGCCUGGCUCAAACCGACCCCGAGAAGGCUGGCCUCAUCACCGGCACGGACGACAAGACACCGCUCAUCAGGUCCAUCUCCGACUCAUCCUACUUCAGCGCCACCUCAGACUCCUCCGAGGAGUACUACGUCUACUGAAGCGCCGAGGCCACGGGAGGGAGUUCUCCCGAGGACGAGUUCCUGUGACGUCUGAUGCUGCAGGGGCCGCAGACGACCACAAGAGUCGCACCCGCCGGCACGGGUGUGAUGCUACGCCAGGAGGAGGGGAAGACGCCCCUCUCAUUGUUCCCCUUGACCCCUACAACUAAUGGUGCUCAACCCGCUCAAGGCUCAGUAUUGACCACUUGGUUGUUGUUAACCCGCGACAUUAGUCCUCGCGGGCGCGUGUUUCAAGGUUGUGUGUAACUUAUGUCUAUGGAAUGAAUAUGUAUGAGUUUCCUA